AAAUCAGUAGUGAGGAUACGAGCUUCAUUUCUUUCGCCGCAAAUUUCGAGGAGCGCCACAAUACUAAGUUUUAUCUUCGCGAAAAAUGUCAAAAAUAGCAUUUAUGCCAUCAAUGAGAAUAGAAAUAAUUCUUGAUCAAUAGUGAUAAACAAGGACUCAUUUUAAAGAUAAAGGUUUAAUCUACAAUGUAUUGGUUCCAAAGUUUUGAAAAAUGUUUUUUUGUAUAUAUCCAAUAUAUUUCCAAAAAUAUCAUUUUCUAACAAGAUUUUUUCUCGAAGGAAAAAAGCUUUUUCAAAAAUUUGGAACCAAUACGCCGUAAAUUAAACCUUCGUCUUUAAAAUGAAACCUUGUUCAUCAAAAUCGAUCAAGAAUUACGUAUGUUUUCAUAAAUGACGUAAACUAUUAAAAAACCUAGAAUAGUGAACAGCCUUAGCACACAACGUACAAAUAGUAUUUGAAUACUAGUUAAAGAUAUGAAACUAACAGUAAUUGUUACUUUGUCAUUGUUAUUUUGAUGCUCUAUAUUAAUGCCAUCUACCAAAUGAAAUUAAGCAGUUGAUCAAAUGGAUGGAAGUGUUAUGUAUCAGUACAACCACCAAUAAUGAUGUUAAUAUUUGCCAUGUCAAUGUCAGGUACUAUCUUAACAGAUUUGAUAGUAUAUCGCACAUGUACAGUUGUAUUAAAUAUUAAUAAAACAGAAUGUUUGAUAAUAAAUCAAAAUGGAAGUAGUAAUGAAGCUCAUAGAAUAGAUAUCUUGGUACAGUCACAAGUAAAUCUGAUCUCCAUGUCUAAAUCGUUCGUUGAGAAUCUUUUACCUGCUUUUUUGUCCUUUUUUGUGGGGCCAUGGAGUGACAAAUAUGGAAGAAAACCUCUUUUAUUAGCAGGAUAUACUGGCUAUUCGUUAACAUUUUGUCUUCUCUCAUUGAUGACUAUGUGGGAUAUUAAUCCUUGGUAUUUAUUGAUAGCCUAUAUGCCUUCUGCAUGCUUUGGAGGAUUAUGUAUAAUUUUAUUAGCUUCAUUUUCUUACAUUUCUGAUAUUAGUCUUGAAAAAGAUAGAACAUGGCAUUUAGCUUACUUAGAGAUAUUAAUUUCAUUGGGACUUAUAGUAGGUAUUUUUAUUGGCCCUUAUAUUUUUAAACUAUAUGGAUAUCCAGUUACACUUAGUGUGGCAGCUAUGUCUAUAAUGUUGGCGAAUAUAUAUGUAUUAUUCUUUGUAUCUGAAACAGUACAAUAUUCUUCAUCAAGAAUGUGGAGUUCUUUGUUUGAUGUAAGUCUUGUAAAAGAUCUUAUUAGUACUUGUAUAAAGAAAAGAGAUGGUUUUGAUCGUUGUGUUGUUUGGUGCUGUAUAAUGUAUCUUAUCUUAUAUAUUGUAACGAUGGAUGGUGAUAUGUCAAUUUCAUAUUUAUUUAGCAAUGCAAGAUUUGGUUGGGAUGUAAGUCAGUAUUCUAACUAUAUGGGUGCUAAUGUUGCAUUAGGUAUAAUAGGAACUUUAAUUGGAAUUAAAAUUAUUGGCUCUCUAAAAGGUUGUCUAGAAACUGGUUUAGUUAUGUUGGCUUCUAUUUCAUCUCUAAGUGGUGUUCUUAUGAAAGCCUUUGCAUGGCAAGCUUGGCAUAUGUAUUUAUCUGUAUUUAUAUCAAUGUUUGGAGGUAUUUCUGGGCCAGCAAUUCGUUCAAUUUUAUCUAAAUUAGUCCCAUCUUCUGAUGCAGGUAAAGUUUUUUCAUUAAUUACAUCAAUUGAAACAACUAUGCCAUUUGCUGCAGCUUCCUUAUAUACAACAGUUUAUUCUCAUUACUUGCCUCCAAUAUAUCCUUCUCCCGUAUGGUUAAUAUCAUGUGUUCUUUUUAUUAUAAUGAUUAUAUUAUUGAUAUGCAUACAUAUACGCAUUACAAAAAUGGAUACAUUACAAUAUAGAGUGAUCUCAGAGGAGAGUGAAUAAGAUAUAUUACAAUUAUUAAGUCCUCUUCAGUAUUUGAGAUUUUCUCUAUGUAAAAUAUUGAGAACUUUUUAUAUAAAAUGCAUAUUACAAUGUUUAUAUUUUUAAAGGUUUUCCUAGAAGGUUAUAAAAUCACAUAAGAAAUUUUAUAUAUUUUCUUUU